GCUUGCUCCCUCCCACAGUACUGGCGGAAGAUGGCGCUGCUGCAGAGACUGGCGCUCCACUGCAAGGUGACCGGAACCUCUUCUAUAAGUGCAAGUGUUUUUCCAAGGAUCCCCGGAAACAACUAUUUACAUACUCAGAUUCGAGCUGCUCAUAAGUACAUCCCUCGCAGAGCUGUACUAUACAUACCUGGAAACGAUGAAAGAAAAAUAAAAAAAAUUGCCACUCUGAAUGUGGACUGCGCAGUGCUAGACUGUGAGGAUGGAGUAGCUGUCAAUAAAAAGGUUCAAGCCAGGGAGACUAUUGUUAAAGCACUGGAAGAGUAUGACCUUGGCAAAACUGAAAAAUGUGUUCGGAUUAAUUCUGUGUCCAGUGGCCUUUCAGAAGAAGAUCUGGUAGUCAUCCUGCAGUCCAAGUCUUUGCCUUGUAUCAUGCUGCCUAAGGGUGAAUCCUCUGAAGAAGUGAAAUGGUUUGCAGAAAAAUUUCUACGCCACUUGAAAGGAAGGGAAUUGCCCCAACCAAUAUACUUGAUAACUUUUGUGGAAACUGCUAUGGGCCUCCUUAACUUCAAGGGCGUUUGUGAAGAAGCUUUACAAAGAGGACCCGAGGUCGGUCUUCACUUGGAUGGAGUUGUCUUUGGCGCAGAAGAUUUUAGAGCAAGCAUAGGUGCUACAAGCAGCAAAGAAACUCAUGAUGUCCUGUAUGCCAGACAGAAGAUCAUCGUUGUAGCCAAAGCAUUUGGACUGCAAGCAAUUGAUCUUGUUUACAUAGACUACAAAGAUGCAGAUGGGCUGCAGAGACAAGCAAAAGAAGGAGCCCUGAUGGGAUUCUCCGGUAAGCAGGUGAUUCACCCAAGCCAGAUUCCUAUUGCAGAACAGUUUACUCCAAGUGCUGACAAAAUAAAAUGGGCCUUACGAAUUGAUUUCUGCUUUUCAAGAACACCAAAGAUUAGAAAGGGGGCAUUCACUUUCCAUGGGAGCAUGAUAGACAUGCCCUUGCUUAAGCAGGCACAGAACAUCGUUACGCUUGCCACAGCCAUCAAGAACAAUCAUCUGUUAAAUGAAGCUCUCAACAGGAGUCCGCUCCAUACAGCGCUUGUCUUCGAGGACGGAGAGAGACUUGAGAAGUAUUCUGAGGGACGUUGGAAGCCAUUGAGCCUAGAAUGAUCAUGAUGCAUUUCUUUUUUUUGUAUAUGUAUGUCAUUAAUUACAAUAAACGUCACCUCCAGUA